AUGGCAUCAUCCAAGCAAGUAUUUGUUGCCAUCAUUGGCGCUGGCGGGGUUGGGAAGUGCUUUCUCUCCCAACUCGAGGCUUUGGCUACUCGGCGAUCCUCCCCAGGACUAAGCCUCUGCUACAUCUCAACCAGCAAGAAAGCAUUGUACGACUCCAACUAUUCCAACAUCCCUAUCGCCGGUGUCCUCGAGAAGCUCUCUGCGGCCUCGCAAGCUCCCCCAGCUCUCCCCCAGCUUGCCGACUACCUCGCUGGUGCCCCUGCCAAGGUCAUUUUGGUCGACAACACUAGCUCUCAAGAUGUUGCUGAUGCUUAUCCUGUCUUUUUGGGCCGUGGUAUCAGUGUUGUGACCCCUAACAAGAAGGCCUUCUCAGGCUCCUACAAGCUGUGGCAGGACAUCUUUGCUUCUGCCUCAGCAUCCGGCGCCAAAGUCUACCAUGAGUCAUCUGUCGGCGCGGGCUUGCCCGUUAUUUCAACACUGAAAGACCUUGUUGAGACGGGCGAUCGUAUCACGAAAAUUGAAGGAGUCUUCAGCGGCACUAUGUCUUUCCUCUUCAACUCGUUUGCUCCGGUAUCGGGCUCCGGAGGCAAGUGGUCUUCCGAGGUAGCUAAGGCUAAGGAACUAGGUUAUACGGAACCGGAUCCAAGAGAUGAUCUAAACGGCCUCGAUGUGGCGCGAAAGCUUACAAUUUUGGCCAGGUUGGCCGGGUUGCCGGUGGAGUCGCCGACGUCGUUCCCCGUCCAGAGUCUGAUCCCCAAGGAACUGGAGUCUUGCUCCAGCGGAGACGAGUUUUUGCAGAGGCUCCCCGAUUUUGACAGUCAAAUGGAGGAGACCAAGGCUUCUGCAGAGAAACAAGGCAAGGUGGUGCGUUUCGUUGGCAGUAUCGACGUAGCUUCCAAGCAGGUCAAGGUUGGCUUGGAACAAUUUGACGCUUCUCACCCCAUCGCGGCACUCAAGGGCAGUGACAACAUCAUUAGUUUCUACACCGAGCGUUAUGGUAGCAACCCCCUCAUCGUCCAGGGCGCUGGUGCUGGCGGUGAUGUGACGGCUAUGGGUGUCACGGGUGACUUGAUCAAGGUUCUGGGUCAGAUUGUGUGA